CUGAAAUCUAACAUUUAUGAUUCUUAUCCUAAGGAGAUAUUCCUUCGAUUGCCCCUGCCAUAUGUUGAGGAAGAGUUCAAGAUUGACUUGAUGUGGAAGGGCCUGAUGGAGAAUAAACUAGAGCCCCCUCCUUAUGUGCACAUCAGGCGCAGUAUCCUGUGCUUGCUACCAUUUCGAACUGACCUCAUAUAAUUGGUCAUUAGUUGCAUGUUCUUCUAUUAUCUCAAUUCCCCCUUUACUUUUUGUGCUGGUUUGAUGGAUAUUUUCCCCCAGAUGAUGUGCCUUAACAUAAGCUAGAUAUUUACAUGGUCAAGAAGAAACGUGAUAUUGCUGCUGGCAAUGAUAAUGGAUGCACAAACUGCAGUCCUAUAUGCUGUGAAAACUGUGUAUGCAGGUAAACCAGAGAUGAACAACGGACUUCUGCCCUCACUUGUUAUUAAUUUAUUCUCAGCUAUCUGUGCUAAGGUCCGUGGAUUUUUCUUUAAAUUUGGUCCGCUCAAACAUGAGCUUCUCGCCAUUUUUUUUUUUUGGCUCUGAAACACUUUUAAAAGGUUCCUUUAACAGGUUUCUAAGCCUAGAACAUUGCAUUAUUAAUGAACUACACAUCUUGUGGCUUUGAGAAUGCACUUGGCUUUUGGGUAGAUGACAUAUCUUGAUAUCUAGUGAAAUGUUAGGUGCUGCCGAAUCCUAUGGAAAUAAUAGCCAUUUGCAUGUACCCACCAUAUUGUCCCCUUCAUUUAUUCGAAAACAUGGUGUUCUUCGCAACUUAGACUUUAAGUAUAUUUGGCUAAUUGCUCAAGAUUAUCUUGUUAGGGCCUCGUGUUUUCUAUGCGUAUUGCGUGUCAAGAUCCAUACAUCUUGGCUUCUUAGUAAGUUGAAAUCUUUGUGCAUCUCUUCCAGGGUCCAAUGCAUAAGUUGCUCCAAGUCUUGCCGUUGCUCUGAAAAUUGCACCAACCGGCCCUUUCGCAAGGAUAAAAAGAUCAGAAUUGUCAAGGUAAGAAUUAAAUGUAUAGUUUCACAACCACUGUCUGUAGGGAGAAAAGAGUUGAGGAAGGGAAGUUGCAUUGAAAUGUAAUAAGAUGUAGGGAGAAAGAAAGCGAUUCAGCUUGUCCAGACUAAGAAACAACCUGACCAUCCUGUCUUACUGCUUUUUCCACUGAACUAUAAAAGCGAUUUCUUGGGAUCUUGCAUUUUGCAAAGGGACUUUCUUUACAUUGGUAGCAACUAGUUCCCCAGUUGGGUAUAUAACUGAACUUUGUUUCUUUCUCAGACAGAGCUUUGUGGUUGGGGGGUAGUGGCAGCUGAACCGAUAAACAAAGGUGAAUUUGUCAUAGAGUACAUUGGGGAAGGUAUAAACUUUGCCCUUGAUGUUAGCGUUAUAGUUUUUUUCCGUGCCAACAUGCAUAAGCAUAACUUAUUCACAAGAUGGGCCUUCAAUUACAGCUUCAAUAAUCAUAAUGUACAUGUUUACACAUCUCCCAUAGCCUGAUCACUUCAAUGCAGCGUUCAGCUAAUGCACUGUUGUAUUUCUCUUCAGUCAUUAGUGAUGCACUAUGCGAGCAAAGGCUUUGGGACAUGAAGUACAGGGGAGUUCAGAACUUCUACAUGUGCGAAAUACGCAAGAACUUCACAAUAGAUGCCACCUACAAGGGAAACACAUCUCGUUUCUUGAACCACAGUUGUGAUCCCAACUGCAUGCUUGAAAAGUGGUUAGUACCAUCUUUACUCAUUGCUGCACUGCCAUUCCAAAGAUCCAUUUCAUUAGUGAAGAACCAGGUACAAUGCUUUUGACUUGUAACUUAAUAUCUUACGGGAAUCACGUAGGCAAGUUGAGGGGGAGACACGGGUUGGUGUUUUUGCUGCUCGGUCCAUCAAAGUUGGAGAACCAUUGACAUAUGAUUACAGGUACACAUUACUUAAACAUGCUGCAGCAUUUGUCGAGUAAUAUAACAGUUUCUACCAAAAAUAAAAAAAAUUAGCUACUGAGUUAUGGAACUCGGGUGGUUUUCGUUUCGUUUUGCUCUAGAUUCGUGCAGUUUGGACCCGAAGUGAAGUGCUACUGCGGGGCUUCAAACUGUCAGGGCUACCUUGGCACCAAAAAAAAGGUGAUAACAGAGUUGAAUAUAUACUGGGGUGCGAAACGCAGGAGAUCUUCCAUCUCUUGUUUAGCAGCCAUUGCUGCAAGAUGAAUGCUUCAUUGCUUUGUUUUGUGUUAACUGUAAAGAGCAGCACCGAGGGAGAGAAACUACACGACCCCAUUAUUUUGUUCUGUUUGUUGUUUGUGAUACCAACUUCAACACUGUAAAACAAGGAACUAGGGAAAGGGUUGAAGGCUUGUAGUAACAUUGUGAAAAUGCUUAUCGAAUUAUCCCCCAAAUUAGGGUUGUUUCAAUUGAGAGGAGCUUUCUUAUGUCUGAAGAAAUUCAUUGGCUUCAUCAUCGACACAUAAUAAUUUGACUUCAUUAAUCAUAUUCUUCUAUUUACAAGUAACUUUUUCCCCUAUUUUUUUAUAUAAGAAUCAAACUGUUGUACUUUUUUUUUUUCCGCAUCACAUGUUUAAGUCAUUUUACUCCAUGAACUAUGUCUUUGUCAAGUAAAAGAACUUUGUUAACAGAAGAACUUUGUUAAAAAAUGCUCUAUUCCAACAACAGCUCUUAAUUACCUGAAGUUGUGGAUCCAGUUUUACUCAACCAACUAUGUUCUCGUCGAAUAUCAGAGAAGGUGGUGACUUCCAUUAUGAAUACAGGUGUUGCUUUUUCUUCAGACUCAUAUGCAAGAGAGACCAAGUCUCAGUCAAGUCUUAGCAAGGCUAAAGAAGCCACUUGCUUGACCAAGUAUGAUUUGUUUAUUUCAAGAUAUAGUUUAUAUAUGUUGGCUUGAAAGAGAUCGACUUCCUUGCCUUCCCUUAUGGUUCAUUAUAUCCACACCAAAUUAUACUCAGAUUGGUCAUAGUCUCAUAGAGUGAGCUUUGUCUUUAUGCUUUUGUCUGAGUAGAAAUAAUGUAGUGAUUUGUUUAUCAUCGCGUAGAGUCCCACAAUGACAUCCUCAAGGUUUUAGUUUCCACAGCUUGGACCCAUCUUCUGGUCUGUUAUAAAUUUCCAGGGUCAUGAUAGUCACAGAUUGUGAUGUUGCUUGAGAAAUGGGGUUGAAACUUGAAAGUCUGUAUGCUUAUGUUACAGGUUCUUAUGGGUCCUGCAGGUCUCCUCUGGCGACGACCCGCAGAGUCAUAUCCAAAGUCGUUGGAAUAACGAGAGAAGAAAUGUUGAGCCCACCAACUUGUAUUAAUAAUACUACACCAUCUCAAACGAUCUGAUAGCAAGAAAGAGAGAGAUAUAGCAAAAAGUCGAAAACCAUGCAUAUGGGUCUAUCAGGAACUCGUUCCAGUGCAUUUGGGGUUGUUGCUGCAGCAGCUCUACUUCUUCCUCUUCAGUUGUGCCUCCUUACUGCAGCUGCAGCCGCCUCUGGAGCUGGAGUUCUCAGUAACGAGACGGAUCGCAUGGCAUUGCUGGAGUUCAAGGCCAUGAUCUCUAGCGACCCUUUGAGGGCUCUGAGCUCAUGGAACGAUUCCGCCCACUUCUGUCAGUGGUAUGGCGUGUCUUGUUCCAAAAGACAUGCAGGCAGGGUCACGGUUCUGGACCUGCGCUCUCAGAAGUUGGCGGGCUCCAUUUCGCCAUACAUUGGCAAUCUCAGCUUCUUGAAGAGGCUUUAUCUACACAACAACAGCUUCAGCAAAGGGAUCCCUCCUGAAAUCGGCAGCCUAUGCAGAUUGGAAUGGUUGUACCUUUACAACAACUCGCUCACCGGUGAGAUCCCAUCCAACCUCCUCUCGCCAUGCUCGGCCCUCAGUAUGUUCCAGGUCGCGAAUAACAAAUUGGUGGGCGAACUGCCACGACUGCUGAAUGGCUCCAUGAGUAGUAGGCUUGGGAUCUUUAUAGCACACAUUAACAAUCUAACUGGAGGCAUUCCUCCUUCUUAUGGCAACUUAUCAUCUCUUCGGAUACUUUCACUAGGCGAGAACAGGCUCAGUGGGAGAGUUCCUGACACACUAGGCCAGAUGAAGAGUCUCAUGGAACUGCAACUGAAUCUCAACAACUUCUCUGGUGAAAUUCCUGCUUCCAUAUUCAAUAUUUCUUCUCUGGGAAGUGUGGCCUUUGCUGGGAACCAGAUUCAUGGCAGUCUUCCCACGAACCUGGGGAUAUCGCUUCCGAAUCUUUUCGACUUGGCAGUGUUUUCUAACCAACUCACUGGCAGUGUUCCAGCUUCCUUAUCCAAUGCUUCGAACAUGGUAAUUCUUCAACUCCAAUACAACAAUUUCACGGGGAGUAUGCCCAGCAUGGCAGGCUGUCGCAACCUCAGGGUCUUUCUUAUUGAAAGGGCCUUUCUUGGGAGAAGGGCAAUCGAUGAUCUAAGUUCCAUCAUCUCUUCCUUGACAAAUUCCACUAGUCUGGAAGUCCUAAUGGUUGGCGACAACAACUUUGGAGGCAGCUUCCCUGAGAGCAUUGCCAACUUGUCAACCAGCAUGAAGUAUCUAAACAUGAGCGGCACCAGAAUCUCAGGAAGCAUUCCACAUGGGAUUCACAACCUUGUCAACCUGCAGAUGUUCGAGGCAACUCAUAAUCAUCUCUCAGGUACAAUCCCAUCCGACAUUGGAGGCCUACAGGCUCUGGAGAGCUUGGACUUGAGUCAUAACAGUAUUUCAGGAUCUGCUCCUUUGUCUAUUGGAAACUUGACCAGAUUGAUUUACCUGAGUCUAGCUGCUAACCUCCUACAGGAAGGAAUCCCUGUCUCCAUUGGGAACUGUCAAAAUCUAAUAGCUCUGGACCUUUCUGACAACAAUCUCAGUGGUGCCAUUCCUCAACAAGUCAUGGGCAUCGCCUCUUUGGCAAGAGCCUUGAACUUGUCUCAUAAUCGUUUCUCAGGUGCUCUUUCUGCAGAAGUGGAAAACCUGAAAAACUUGGGGGCAUUGGAUCUGUCUCAUAACAUGCUGUCAGGAACUAUUCCUAGUAGUCUUGGGAGUUGUAUCAGAUUGGAGCUAGUGAACUUACAAGGCAAUCUCUUGCAAGGAGUCAUUCCUUCUUCUUUAAGUUCAUUGAGAGGCAUGGAACGCUUUGAUGUCUCAACCAACAAUUUAUCUGGUAAAAUUCCAGAAUUUUUUCAGGACAUGAAAUAUCUGGAGCUGUUGAACUUGUCGUAUAACAAUUUCAAGGGCGAAGUGCCUCAAGGGGGAGUCUUGAAAAAUGGAAGCAUCAUUUCCAUCAAGGGAAAUGGCAGGCUUUGUGGAGGUAUUGCAGGACUCCAGCUUCCACCUUGUAGAUUCUCCUAUCCGAAGAAGAAACUGAGCCUUAAGUGGAAGAUUAUUAUAUCAGUAAUAUCUGUUCUACUGUUUCUAACCUUUAUGGGUUCUUGCUUGUUUAUCUUCUGGAUUAAAAAGAGAGGAAAACCAGAUACAGUUUCAGCAGGUGAUGUGGAAAUGCAACUAUCUUACCAAAAGCUCUUCAGAGCUACAUAUGGUUUUUCCACAUCAGCUCUGAUAGGUUUGGGAAGCUUUGGUUCUGUGUAUAAAGGAGUUCUCGAGAAUGGAUCCAUUGUUGCUGUGAAGGUAUUCAACCUCCAGCGUCGUGGAGGUUCCAAGAGCUUCAUGGCAGAAUGUCAAGCCUUGAAGAACAUCAGGCAUAGAAAUCUUGUGAGGAUCAUAACAGUGUGUUCAGGAGCUGAUCAUCAGGGAAAUGAUUUUAAAGCUCUCAUCUAUGAGUUCAUGAGUAAUGGAAGUCUGGAAGAUUGGUUGCAUCCAGUGGAAAGUACUGCUGAUGAGACUCCAAGGUGCUUGCACUUCCACCAGAGGUUAAACAUAGCAAUUGACAUAGCCUGUGCACUGGACUAUCUUCAUCAUGAAUGUGGAACGCCCAUUGUUCAUUGUGAUCUCAAGCCCAACAAUAUCCUCCUUGAUGAGGAAAAGAUAGGUCAUGUUGCUGAUUUUGGGUUAGCAAGAUUUCUUUCAGUCAACAAUCACUCUACAAGGGGUGAGAUAUCAAGCUCUAUUGGCAUAAAGGGAACGGUUGGCUAUGCCCCUCCAGAAUAUGGUAUGGGAAAUGAAGUCUCGGCACAAGGUGAUGUGUACAGUUAUGGGAUCCUCCUGCUUGAAUUGUUCACAGGAAGAAGACCAACCGAUGAGAUUUUCGGAGAUGGUUUGAGCCUUCAAACCUUUGUAAAAAAUGCUUUAUCUCAACACCAGCUACUCACAGAAGUUGUGGAUUCAACUCUGCUCAACGAAUUACUUAUUGACCAAACAUUAGAGGGGACUCUAAUUUCAAUUCUCGAUACAGCUAUUGCAUGUCGGACGUCCCACAAGAGAGACCAAGUAUCAAUCAGGUUUUAGCUAGUCUCAAGAAGCAAGUUACUUGAUUGAACUAGCUCAUAGCCAAAAGGAAGGUGACUAAUAUUGACUUGGUACCCAUAUGCAAAUUUAUGUCAUGUACUAAGAUGUUCUUUUCUGCUUCUGUAAUCAUAUGAUGAUAUAUAUCUAUGUUUGGUAUGAAGAGACUUGUCUCUCAUGUUGUUUACAAUUAUGUUUAUUGUGUGUGCCAUCCGACAGAAGGUCAGUUGGGUCCAAGUAAAAAAAAAAAACCCACAAAAUUAGAAUAGUGGAACGAGUGAAUGAAUUUUAUUGAGUGAAUGAAUUUUAUUAUCAUAU